AUGGAGCUCGAAGAGGAACGCCUCACCAUCCCCAUCAAUCCCAACAAUUUCCCAGCGAAAUUGUGGCGUCUGGUGAAUAACCCCAAAAAUCGAUCGAUACGUUGGGAUCCCUGUGGUGAGGGUUUGAUAAUCGACCAGCAGCUGUUUGAAGCAGAGCUACUGUCACCUCAGAAGCAAACGUUUGACAAAACCGACAUAUUCAAAACGACCAACUUUACAAGCUUCAACCGCCAGCUGAAUCUUUAUGGGUUCAGGAAGGUGGUCCAUGGCCCCGGGGGCUCGGAGAAGAAUGAUGGCUCAUCUCCGACAGACGGGAUAAAACACCACUUUCACAACCCAAACUUCAAACUAGAUCAUCCCGAACUGCUGGUGAAUCUUAAGAGGCUGACAAGCAAAAACAAGGCGAAGAUGGAAGCUGGCCUAGAAGUGAACUGCCGGCCCCCAGCAAAUCGUUUCCACCGACUCAUGGCCAAUUGUGAUGGUGGUGAGCAGAAAGUUAAAGUAGAUAAAAGAGGUACACUCAAAUUGUCAAUCGUACCUGUACUUUGUAUUUUAAAACGAAAGGAGAAGCAACUGUAAAUUAAUAGCCAAUUACUAAAAUAACAUUCUUAUUCUAACUUGAGUGCCAUAACUUCUCAGCCAUGAUAGUCAUGAUAUUGCUAUCAUUCAAUGUUUCCACAGGUUCCAUGUUUGUUGGUCAGGUAAAACGACCAUCUCCUUACCAACAGUACCACCAAAGCAGAAGCCAGCCCAUGAAGGACUAUGAUCGGACCCCUAUCCCACCCCGCGGCUGGAUCAUGGGUCAUGGGGAUGCCCCCUCCCCCACCACCUUCUACACAGACAAGGGAAUCCCCAUAUCUGUCAUCCACCGGUUCCCUUCAGACACUUCCUGCACUGUGCAGUCCAGUCCGACCACUGUGCACAUGCAGCAGGGUUCACAAAGCCUGGCAAACAGCUUGAUCCCUCACCAUGCUCAGUACCGACCUGGAUUCUAUUCCCCUGGUAACUAUAAUAAACCAUGCCAUGGAAGCACCCAUUAGUUAAACACAGAAACACUGUGAUUUCCUCAUAAACUGUCAUAGAAGUUUAAUUAACAUACUUCUUGAUUGUGUUUGCUUUUUUCAGCAUCAGUGUGCCAGUGCUGCCCCCCUGGCUCAAUGGACUUGGACUGCGGUAGUGCCCACCAGACAACUCCCUCAUUCUCCCAUUACAGCUAUUACCAGGUAGGUGGGAAUCAAACUACUACGCAUACAGCAGCAUGUCUGAGAAUCUUUCCAGUGGGAUAUAGAAUUCAUAUGGGUGAAAAUAUGGGGAGCAUAUGAGUCAACAUUUCAUGCUUGAAAUGUCAAGCUAUAAAAUGUAUAUUUUUAAUCCCAUUUCUAGCCAAACUGUCCUGUGGGCUUUCUGUAUCCUGGCAACCAAAACCAGGACUGGGAGAGCAGUGAAACCCAGGAGACCAAGAAGAGUGAUGUCAACCUGGACACAGUCUUCCAGCUAGUGGACGAGCUGCACCACAGUUCCCCCAAAAUACGCAUGGUCAAAGUGGAGACCCCAGAGCGCCAGCAGCCAGUCCUGUACACCUCUACAUCAUCAGGGCCCCAGUCCACCACCACCAUCCACAGCUCCCCUCACACAGUCACUGUCUCUUCCCAGUUUGACUCCUCUGUUAACUCCAGCUCUCUGCCUGGCCCCAUAGUGAUGGAUGCCAGCCCAGUGACUCCACGCGGGCCCGUCAUUAUAGCAGUCCCGGGGAACGUUCGUCCUCAGGGAAUAGCCAUCACUGUCGGUGGUCCCGUGGCUGAGCAGCCUGUGAAGAGGGAGUACGAACCUGUGCCUGUGGAUGCCUAUCAGAAGGUAAGCUAGCUUAGCUUUGUAAAAACCUGUGACAGGGAGGCUAUAUCUAUCAGAAUCAGAAUCACUUUUAUUCGCCAAGUAUAUUUACACAUACACUACCGGUCAAAAGUUUUAGAACACCUACUCAUUCAAGGGUUUUUCUUUAUUUUUACUAUUUUCUACCUUGUAGAAUAAUAGUGAAGACAUCAAAACUAUGAAAUAACACAUAUGGAAUCAUGUGGUAACAAAAAAAGUGUUAAACAAAUCAAAAAAUAUUUUAUAUUUGAGAUUCUUCAAAUGGCCACCCUUUGCCUUGAUGACAGCUUUGCACACUCUUGGCAUUCUCUCAACCAGCUUCACCUGGAAUGCUUUUCCAACGGUCUUGAAGGAGUUCCCACAUAUGCUGAGCAUUUGUUGGCCGCUUUUCCUUCACUCUGUGGUCCAACUCAUCCCAAACCAUCUCAAUGGGGUUGAGGUCGGGGGAUUAUGGAGGCCAGGUAAUCUGAUGCAGCACUCCAUCACUCUCCUUCUUGGUCAAAUAGCCCUUAAACAGCCUGGAGGUGUGUUGGGUCAUUGUCCUGUUGAAAAACAAAUGAUAGUCCCAAACCAGAUGGGAUGGCGUAUCGCUGCAGAAUGCUGUGGUAGCCAUGCUGGUUAAGGGGGCCUUGAAUUCUAAAUAAAUCACAGACAGUGUCACCAGCAAAGCACCCCCACACCAUAACACCUCCUCCUCCAUGCUUUACGGUGGGAAAUACACAUGCAGAGAUCAUCCGUUUACCCACACCACGUCUCACAAAGACACAGCGGUUGGAACCCAAAAUCUCAAAUUUGGACUCAUCAGACCAAAGGACACAUUUCCACCGGUCUAAUGUCCAUUGCUUGUGUUUCUAGGCCCAAGCAGGACUCUUCUUCUUAUUGGUGCCCUUUAGUAGUGGUUUCUUUGCAGCAAUUUGACCACGAAGGCCUGAUUCACACAGACUCAUUUGAACAGUUGAUGUUGAGAUGUGUCUGUUACAUGAUUCCAUGUGUUAUUUCAUAGUUUUGAUGUCUUCACUAUUAUUCUACAAUGUAGUAAAUAGUAAAAAAAUAAAGAAAAACCCUUGAAUGAGUAGGUGUUCUAAAACCUUUGACCGGUAGUGUAACUGGAGUUUAAAUAGGUGCUGCCAGCAAUAGACAAAUGUACAGACAGAAUACAGACAGAGAAAUGUACACAAAGUCAACAUACAGAAUUAUACAAUAUAAAUACAGUAAACGUACAACUGCAGAGUAUAGGCUGAUUUACAAUGAGGAAAUACAAUUUACAAAACCAGCAUACCUAAACUCAUGAUCAUCAACGUUGUAGAAUUUGGGGCUUUAAAGAUUUUAGAAUUGUGAGUGUAAAGAGAAAGCAAAGAUACUCAGUCCGUAUUACUUAGUAAUCAACUUAAUAAACAGGUAUGGUAUGGAUGGUCAUCAGUGGUCCUGAUGAACUCUGUUGUAUAAUAGGAGAUGAAUCAUGCUGUGAUAUCCCCAGUGCCCUGAGGAAGCAUCAGAGUACAUCACCAAGGUGAAGGAGAUCCAGGUGGUGGACGCAGAGGUCUGCGGUGUUCUACGUGAUGGAACUGUUUGCAGCCUCGGCCAUUAG